AUGGAUACGAUUUCACGUAUGAAUUUUGCAAACUUGGCUUUCGAAGACUCGAACACUGGGACUAAUCCUUGUGUCAAAUAUGUGGAUUCAGAUGGUACCUCAUCUCCGGCUGUCAGAAUUAUCAUCGUGUCAAACAUGUUGCCCAUUUAUGCACAGAAGGAUGGGGAGGGCUGGAGCUUUAAUUACGACGAAGAUUCACCUCUGUGGCAAUUAAAGGAUGGAUUUUCACCUGAUGCAAUGGUUUUUUAUGUUGGUUCACUAAAUGCCGAUAUAGAUGUUAAUGAACAGGAUGAGAUUGCUCAGAGACUGCUGGAUGAUUUCAACUGUGUCCCCACUUUUCUUACGAAUGACCUCAUCGAGAAAUUCUAUCAUGGUUUCUGCAAGCACCAUCUAUGGCCUAUAUUCCAUUACAUGCUCCCAAUGUGCAGAAAACAUGGUGACCGAUUUGAUUCCCGGCUGUGGCAGGCUUAUAAAUCUGCAAACAAAAUAUUUGCAGACAAAGUAUUGGAAGUGGCAAAUCCCGAGACUGAUUAUAUUUGGAUUCAUGACUAUCACCUCAUGGCGGUCCCUAUGUUCUUGAGAAAUAAGCGCCAUAGGGCCAGACUCGGAUUCUUUCUCCACAGUCCAUUCCCUGCAUCAGAGAUCUAUCGAACACUUCCUGUAGGUGAAAACCUUCUGAGGAGUUUGUUGAACUGUGAUCUCAUCGGGUUUCAUACUUUUGAUUAUGCUCGCCACUUCCUCUCAUGUUGUAGUCGAAUGCUGGGACUGGACUACGAGUCCAAACGAGGACAGAUUGGGCUGGAUUAUAGUGGUCGCACGGUGUAUGUCAAGAUCCUGCCGAUAGGAAUUCAUUUGGGAAAAGUUGAAAAUAUUUUGAAUCUUCCUUCUACAUCAGUCAAAGUCAAGGAAAUUGAAGAGCGGUUCAAGGGGAAGCAUGUAAUUCUUGGCGUAGACGACAUGGACUUAUUCAAGGGAAUAAGUCUCAAGUUAUUAGCAUUCGAAGAACUAUUGAUCAAGUAUGAAAACUUGAGAGAAAGUGUAGUUCUCGUUCAAAUCAUCAAUCCUGCAAGAAGCUCAGGGAAGGACAUCGAGGAAGUGAGAAGGGAGACGUAUGGAGCUGCUAACAGGAUUAAUCAGAUUUAUGGUUCUUUUGGUCAUCAACCAGUGAUUUUAAUUGAUCGACCAGUUGAUCAAUGUGAAAAGAGUGCCUACUAUGCUGCCUCGGAAUGUUGCAUAGUAAAUGCUGUAAGAGAUGGAAUGAAUCUAGUCCCUCACAUAUAUAUCGUUUGCAGGCAGGGCUCUACAACUAUGGAUGAAGCUAGGGGAAUUAUGUCAUAUUCUCCUCGAACAAGUGUGCUAAUUAUUUCUGAAUUUAUAGGAUGUUCGCCAUCUCUGAGUGGAGCAAUAAGAAUAAAUCCAUGGGAUAUUAGUUCCGUAGCUGAGGCUAUGCGUUCUGCAGUCUCCAUGGAUGACUCCUCAAGGCAAUUAAGACAUGAGAAGAACUAUAGCUAUGUUCAAUCUCAUGAUGUGGCCUAUUGGGCUCGCAGUUUCCUGCAGAGCAUGGAGAGAGCUUGUCUUGAUCAUUACAAUCAUCAAUGCUGGGCUAUGGGCUUGGGAUUCACAUUCAAGGUUGCUGCCCUCUCCCUAGGGUUUCAGAAAUUGUUUUCUGAAACCAUAGUUCCUGCAUAUAAGAGAACAACUAGGAGGGCUAUAUUUCUUGAUUUUGAUGGCACUCUUGUUCCUCAUUCCUCCACGAAUAAAAACCUCAGUCGUGAAGUGGUCACUGCUCUGAACACUCUGUGUGAUGAUCCUAAGAACACAGUGUUUAUAGUUAGUGGAAGAGGGAGAAGUUCCUUGACCGAGUGGCUGGCUCCAUGUGAAGGUUUAGGACUAGCUGCUGAACAUGGCUACUUCAUAAGGUGGAACAAAACUUCUGAAUGGGAAUCUACUUUGGUUGUGGAUCAUGACUGGAAGGAGAUAGUGGAACGUAUAAUGAAUCUGUACACAGAAGCCACAGAUGGUUCCACCAUCGAAGUCAAGGAAAGUGCUUUGGUCUGGCACCAUCAAGACGCAGAUCAUGAGUUCGGAUCCUUGCAGGCAAAGGAGUUAUCCGAUCAUCUAAAGCACGUCCUUGCCAACGAACCUGCAGAGGUUAAAAAGGGAAAAUAUAUAGUCGAGGUUAAGCCCCAGGAUGUCAGCAAAGGCUUGGUAACACAAAAAAUAAUCUCGACAAUGGUUGGCAAUGGUGAGAUCCCUGAUUUCAUCCUUUGCAUUGGAGAUGACCGGUCAGAUGAAGACAUGUAUGAGGGUACUUUAAAUAUUGUUUCAUCUGACAUGGUCCCUGCCGCUCCGGAGACCUUUUUCUGCACUGUGGAGCAGAAGCCGAGCAAGGCAAAGUACUAUGUCGACGACACUUUUGAAGUUCAGGAGCUGCUCCAGUGGCUUGCUGAUGUUUCGAGUACACAGCCAAGCUCCGAAAAUCCACCAACCUUUCCUUGA